GGCCCCUUCCCGGCCAGCGCGGCAGCGGCAGCAUGGAGCGGUCAGAGGCCUACGGCUUCUCCGCCGUUAUGAGCGGCGCCUUCCUGCUGUCGUGCCUGCUCUUCGCGGCGAUCAACCGCCGCCAGCGCGGGCCCUAUAUGGACGAGGUCUUCCACGUCCCCCAGGCGCAGGCCUACUGCCAUGGCCGCUUCCUCCAGUGGGACCCCAUGAUCACCACGCUGCCGGGCUUGUACCUGGUGUCGGUGGGAGUAGUGAAGCCCGCGGCGUGGCUCUUCGGGUGGACGGGCAGCGUGGUGUGCUCUGCGGGAAUGCUCAGGUUUAUUAACCUGCUUUUCAGUGCUGGGAACUUCUAUUUACUGUAUUUACUUCUGUCCAAGAUCCAUCAGAAGAAUAAGGCUGUGUCUGGUUUCCAGAGAAUCUUGUCUACAUUAACUCUUGCAAUGUUUCCCACCCUUUAUUUUUUUACAUUCCUUUAUUAUACGGACCCAGGAUCGGUAUUUUUUACUCUCUUUGCCUAUUUAAUGUGCCUUUAUGGUAACCAUAAAACUUCAGCUCUCCUUGGAUUUUGUGGCUUCAUGUUUCGUCAGACAAAUAUUGUGUGGACAGUUUUUUGUGCUGGAAAUAUUGUUGCAGAGAAGCUAAAUGAAGCCUGGAAGACAGAGUUACAGAAAAAGAAAGAUGAAAAGAUUUCUUCCAGGAAAGGAUCAUUUUCAGAUUUGAUCAGAAUAUUGCAGUUUCUUAUUAAAUAUCUCAUAUCACCUAAAAACUUAGUUAUGCUUACUGCUUUAACUUGGCCGUAUAUCGUAUUAGUAACUGUGUUCUUUGGUUUUGUCUUCAUCAAUGGUGGAAUAGUUGUUGGUGACAGAAGUAGCCAUGAAGCCUGUUUGCACUUUCCUCAGCUUUUCUAUUUUCUGUCCUUUACUGUAUUUUUUUCAUUCCCUCAUUUACUGACACCUACUAAAAUCAGGAAAUUCCUUCUUUCAUUACGAAAGCACCCUGUGCAGUACAGCUUAAUCACUGUCAUAUCUUUAUUCCUGAUCUGGAAAUUUACAUAUGUUCAUAAGUAUUUACUAGCAGAUAACAGACAUUAUACGUUCUAUGUGUGGAGAAAAGUCUUCCAAAGACAUGAGCUUGUAAAAUAUGUAUUAGUUCCAGUCUAUAUAUUUGCUGGCUGGAGUUUUGCUGAUACACUAAAAUCAAAGUCGAUAUUCUGGAUCUUAAUGUAUUUUGUAUGUUUAUUAGCAGUCACAGUUCCUCAAAAAUUGCUAGAAUUUCGUUACUUUAUUUUGCCAUUCUUAAUAUAUAGGCUCAAUAUUCCAUUUCCAUCUCUAUAUAGACAACUUCUGGAGCUGGCUUUUUAUAUUGUUGUGAAUGCAGUAAGUUUUUAUCUUUUUCUAAACAGAACAUUCCAAUGGCCAAAUAGUGAGGAAAUCCAAAGGUUUAUGUGGUGACUUUUUUUUUUUUUUUUUGAUACUUUCAUACACUUAGGAAAACCCUGUUCUGUUUCAGGACUGUGGACUCUGGAAUGAAGCAAUAUGUUUUGCACUAUGUAAGGACUUUUUUCCCCAGUUGGAAUGGGAGAAGUAAGCUGCUUGCUUAUUUCUUGGAACUGAAUGUGAGAUCUGAUUUGUUGUAAUGUGAAGAUAUUCCAUAUACUGAAUUUACGAGUUCCUGAAAUUAAGAAAUUCAAUAUGAGUACACCUUUCUGUAAUUAAUGUGAAAUAAGGGAGAUGUUUACAGUCAUUUUUCAUUAUAAUAAAAUAUUAUAUAAUAUGCCCUUGAAGGUGCGACAGCUUAUGUUUCAGAAGUUUCUCUUUAAAACAAAGUAUUUAAGUGUUUAACCUUUUUGUUACCUCUGGGUGCAUAUGUACUCCUUGGAUCAGGCCACUUCCAUCUGGGUUUGCUAGUGGUCAACCUAUGAACCACUGCUGAAGUAUAAUGUUUUCAAAACCUCCUACAUCCCACUGAAUUUUCAUGAUUUUUUUGUCAAUAAAUGCUUACAUUAGUUUUGCAAACAGAAUGUAGGUUCUUAAAUCAUUAGAGCAUUUUGAAAAUUUUAUUUCAAACUGAUAUUUAGAAAAUAUAGUGGAUGCUAUGUGCAUGUACCUUCUUGGGGGGAAUAAAUGUUAUUGUACAACGAAAGAUAAAUUACAGUUGAUAAUGUGACCUAUUAGAAAGGGAGUAAUUUAUGUACGUCAGACUGAAAUGUGUCGUUACACAGUGGAAUGCAGUCUAAUGAAUGCCCUUUGAAAUAAUCAGGCUUUUAUGUCCUGAGGUUUUGCGUUCACAGGUUUGUAUUGAAGUAGAAUGUGAGUGCACUCCCAGGUUGAACUGAGUGUUUCUAAGAUCUUUGAUGUGUAAUCUUAAAGAAAUACUAAUGGCAUUACUGAAUUGUUCUUUUAAAUGUUUUUCAUAUAUAUACAAAUCUAAUGGAACUAGGGAGUAUGUAUUUUGUUUUACAAAGGUAAAAUGCAAUGUGUAUAUAUAUGUAUUUUUUUAAAAAGCAUCUAGUGCAUUAUCAUCAGAAUAAAAGAAGGCUGUAAUAGUUGCUGUCAGUAAAUGACUUUAAUUAGACUCAAAAAUAUUUGAUCACUGAAAGUUAACUAUUAAGCAGUUUUAUAACUAUAACUAAAUUAUGUGGUGGUGGGGAUCCAAAACUUCACAUACUGUGCAGCAUCUUUAAGUUCAUUCUUAUGCUGUAAUGAAAAUACUGCAGCCAAAUCUGUGCAAACAUACCAUAUCAUUGCCACUCCGGUCCCUCUCAAAUGGAAUUGUUUCUCAAAAGGUCAGUACUGUGGAGUUAUUACUCACAGCGGUACUGUUAUUUUUUUUCCUUUUACAGUAUGCAGAUCGAUGUCCUGGCUCUGAUCCCUUCCCUGUACUAACACUAUGAAGAGUGUGGUUAACUCAGAUUCACCUGUUGAAUGUUUUUGCCACCUUAUUUCUUCUAAGGAAACCUUAAAGCCACUCUUCAAUGCGUAGGCUUAUUUGUAUUGAAUUUAAGACAUUUGCGAGGUCACUGUUUGCUUCUUGGCCUGUUGCCAGUAUGGUAAUUUGUUGAUAAUGUGUGUAUGAUAUGGAAAACUGUUUUCAAUCACUCCCUGUUUACUUAUACAUAAGUUGAAGGGGCAAGAAAAACCCAAAAUGGGUUGCUUUUCAAGAAUCCAAUGUGGCCAGGAUGACAAAUUUGGGGCGGGGGGGGGGGAGUCUUGCAUGCCUUCUGCUUCCAAUUUUGUUUUUGUAUACCAUGCCAGUAAAAAUGUAAACAAGGUAAAGAG